UCCAAUCUGCUUAUAAGUGAGGAGUCCGCCGGCACGCCAGUCACACGCCACAUCCAGCGAGGCGGAGGACGACACCAGCAGCGAUGCCUCAGUCCGUGUUCCCCCUGUGCGUCCUGGGACUCCUCGCCAUCUCAUCCGCCUGUUACAUCCAGAACUGCCCCCGUGGAGGGAAACGAGCGCUCCCGGAGACCGGGAUCCGACAGUGCAUGUCGUGUGGCCCCGGAGACAGGGGCCGCUGCUUCGGCCCCAGCAUCUGCUGCGGGGAGGGCCUCGGCUGCCUGCUGGGCUCCCCGGAAACAGGUCGAUGUGUGGAGGAGAACUACCUGCUCACCCCCUGCCAGGCCGCAGGGGAACCCUGUGGAUCAGAGGGAGGACGCUGCGCCGCAUCAGGCCUCUGCUGUAACUCGGAGAGCUGUGCAGUGGACCCUGACUGCCUUGCGGACGUCGAGGCCUCCGAUCCGGCCCGCGGCUCUGCUGGGAGCUCGGCGGCGGAGUUGCUGCUGCGCUUGCUGCAUGUGGCCACCAGAGGGCAGACUGAGCACUGAUACCGCUCUCCCUCGGUCAUCUGUGUUCCACCACAAGCCUUGAGAUUUGAACCUUAAACCAAUGAUGUGCCAAGUCCAACUUAUUUUUCUCUUAGCCCCUGCUGCCAUGAUGUAUCUGUAAAGACGGCCACAGAGGGAGAACCGUCUGUCCCUUCAGUUAUUGGCCAUUUUCAUCCACAGCCUGAUGAAGAGGAGAUUUCAUGUUUGUCCCAACCGUAUAAAUGUAUAGACUAAUGCACAUAGUGUAAACGCAAUUGUAUUCUUUACGAGAGGCUAAAACACACCUCAGUGCUGCAUUUGAAAUAAGAAUUACAUCAGAAAAUCCCUGUAAAUAAUUCGGAGAUCGUAGAUUACGGACAUCCACGUGAAGCAGCUGAAUGUCGAUGCUCAAGCAGUUUCCUCUUGUGUAGUAAACCUAUUAUUGUAUAUUAACAAUGGGAGAAACAAUACAGAAUGUAUCAAUACUCCAAAAUGAA